CUCUCUCUCUCUCUCUCUCUAGUUCUUGAUUUCUCAAGAUUAUUUCAAGAAAACAUGGCUGACCAAAGUGGUGGGUUGGUUAUGAUGAGAGAGUACAGAAAAGGUAAUUGGACUCUAAAUGAGACUAUGAUUCUCAUUGAAGCCAAGAAGAUGGAUGAUGAGAGGCGGAUGCGGCGGUCCAUCGGCCUUCCACCGCCGGAGCAACAACAAGACAGCCGUAGUAGUAGUAGUAAUAAACCCGCCGAGCUACGGUGGAAGUGGAUAGAAGACUACUGCUGGAGAAAAGGUUGUAUGAGGAGUCAGAAUCAGUGCAAUGACAAAUGGGAUAAUCUCAUGAGAGACUACAAAAAGGUUAGAGAGUACGAGAGAAGAAGGGUAGAAUCGUCUUUCUCCGCUGCCGCCGGAGAGUCGUCGUCAUCUUCAGCUGCCGCCGGUGGGGAGACGGCGCCGUCUUACUGGAAGAUGGAGAAGAGUGAGAGGAAAGAGAGAAACUUGCCGAGUAAUAUGUUGCCUCAGACUUACCAAGCUUUGUUCGAAGUGGUUGAGAGUAAAACGUCGCUGCCUUCUUCCACCGCCGUGACCGCUGCAGUUGCGGCUGCUGCGGCUGCUAUUGGAAGUGGAAACGGUUCCGGCGGUGGACAGUUACAGAAAGUGUUACAACAAGGUUUAGGAUUCGUUGUUCCAAAAGUACAUCAAAUCAUUCAGCCUCCUCCUGUUGUAGUAUCUCUUCCUCCGCCACCGUCUCAACCACAUCCGCCGCCGCAGCCUUUACCGCCACGACCACUACUGCUGCCACCGCCUCCACCGCCUUCUUUUCAUGCUCAGCAAAUACUGCCCACAAAGGGUAAUAGUAGCUCAGAUUCUGAUACAAGUGAGUAUUCAGACACAUCUCCGGCGAAGAGAAGGAGAACAAUGCCGACCACAACAGCCGGUCCUAGUGGCGGUGGUAGUGUAGAAGCGGAGGAGGAGGAGGCUAGACGCAGUAAGAGAGAUGAAGAGACGACAGUGGCGGUAGCGUUAUCAAGAAGUGUGACUAUGAUCGCAAACGCGAUUAGGGAGAGUGAGGAGAGACAAGAUCGUAGACAUAAAGAAGUGAUGAGCGUACAAGAGAGGAGACUAAAGAUCGAAGAGUCUAAUGUUGAGAUGAACAGAGAAGGCAUGAAUGGAUUAGUUGAAGCUAUUAAUAAGUUAGCCAGCUCCAUUUUCGCCUUAGCUUCUUCUUCUUCUUCUGGUCGCCAUAGUAAUCAGCAUCAAGGAGGUCCACCGUAAUCAACUUGAAUAAUCAUUUAUUAUGUAGUAAUUAAUUUGAUUAGGGAAGUGAUUAAAAUCGUGGAGAGUGAUGAUCGGAGUACAUAAAUUGAUAUUGAAAGUUUUUCAUAUAUUUUUUUGUCA